CAUUACCGUCUGUCUAUGGCUUACACACUUCUUCUUGUCAUCUUUACGGUACGGUAACGGAGCUGCCUUCAUUCACGUCAUACUGAGUUCAAACCAGCGGAGAAAUGGACGACCAAGACGAAGAUCUCGGUGCGUUUGACCCAAACAUCCCAGAGGAGGGACCUUCAGCGCCCCCUCCUGGCUGGCUGGAUGAUGUACAUGGAUACCAGGUCCCCAAAGGAGAGGGUGACAACCCGCUGUAUCCACCCCCCCCUGACUAUAACCCGCAGCCCGAACUCAACAAGAACACUUUGGUUCCCAUUGUCAGGGUCCCCACUGUGUCGGAGGAUGUGGCCAGAGAUGCCUUGCUCAAGUUUGUGGAAUCCAAAUGGAGAUACAGCUCCAAACCUGCCAGGAACCUCACCUUCAAAGAGCUCCAGCCCGUCACUGUGUACAGGUAUCGCCUGGAGACCUACACUGAGACCAGAACCAGCGCCUGGCAGUUUGAAUCCUACAACGGACAGGUGGUGGACGGUCCUCAGUUUGGGAUGAGCCCUCCACCGUGGGACAUUCCUGUCCCGCCGCCUGCGAGAUACACCGACAAGGUGGAGAAGGUCCGCGUGCCGCACUCAUCCUUCGUGAAGCCGUGUCACAAGUGCAACGGCUGUGGAAGAACUCGCUGUGGUAACUGCCAUGGAAGAGGCCAGAAGCGUUGUACAUUCUGCCACGGUCACGGCCGUUCCAGGGACAAGCGCUGCACCUCGUGUCAUGGCCGUGGGCGCAGGAGAAGCGUUGCUUUGGCUGCAAUGGCACAGGGUUCAGAAGGCGUCCCGGGAAUCACAAGUCGUCCGGGAAGACGCGUUGUUCUGCUUGUAGCGGGAGAGGCCGUAAGAGGGGAUCAACUGGGUCGAGAUCUGCAUCUGCAUCAUCAGUCACGGCCAUGUGACUCAUAUAGAAGGUGUUCCUCCUGUCAUGGCCAAGGCUACAACACCUGCUCCGUGUGUCACGGCAGCCAACGCCUGCUGCAUUUCAUCCAACUCACUGUGACGUGGAAGAACGACAUAACUGAAUUCAUUCCCGACCGCCAGCCUGACUUCCCUGACAAGAAGUUUGAGAAAGUGACGGGAGAUCCGUUCUUCGUCGAUGAGAGCAUGCUGGUUUAUCCUAUCCAGGGUUUCCCAGAUCAGGAGAUCUGCGAUGUUUCCACAAGAAUGAUCAACGAACACCUCAAUCGCUUCAGUUCCACCAGCCGCAUCCUGCAGCAGCGUCAGACCAUCGAGAUGGUGCCCCUGACUCACGCUUACUACACGUACAACGGAAAAGACUACAGCUUCUUUGUCUAUGGCGUGGAGAACAGAGUCUUUGCUGCCAAAUAUCCCACUGCGUGUACUAUUUUAUAAGUACCGUGUCUAGUCCUGACAAUACAUGUUCAUGUGUAGUAUGGGUCAUAUCGUGGGAAAAGGGAGGGGGGGGGGAGCAGAAUCAUCCAUUUAAUGUACCACUGUGUAUUCACCAAAAUUCUAUUGAAGCGAUAUGAAGUGUA